AUGUUAGUGAUUUUUAUAAUAAUCUCGUUAACGGCGCCUUUGGCUCAAUGUGGGGGAUACAAGAGAGGUUUUCUCCUAACCGGUCCUGCUGCAGUAACACCAGGAGGAGAUGAAACUUAUUGCGCCACAUUUCACCAUGUGUCCGGUUCCGCCAGAGGCAUUUUAGAUCUAACCUGGGGCGAUGGAACCAGCAGCACUGUCGAAUUACAAUGGACCAACGUAAGUUUGCCCGACCUGGAAUGCUUCAAAUUAUCCAUACCACUAUUAUCCGGAGGUGGACCAGAAGAGGAAGGUCGCCUCAGGCUGAGAGUGUAUUUUGGAGAAGAAUUAGGAUAUUCUGUAGAUGGAUGGGGAGUUGUUGCUUUGGCUCAUGCUUCAAGACCUUCAUUAGCUAUUGCAGAGACUGAUUUGCCAGUAUACAGGCCUGAUGAUUUAGUUCGAGUUCGGGUGCUUCUAAUUCGGCCAGCAGACUUUGCCAUUGUUCAGAGUGUGAUACAUAAAAUUUGGCUACUAAAUCCAUCUUAUUUAAAAGUAGCUCAAUGGAACAACGUGACAACGCGUCUGGGUUUAGCUGAACUUCAGUUUCGUCUCUCGUCAGAUCCUCAACAGGGAAUUUGGAGAAUUAAAGUAUUAAUAGAUGAUUACCAGAAGCAAGAAGAUGAAAUCACGUUUGAAGUUCGACAUCAUGUUCUUUCCAAAUUUCAUUUAAGUAUUCAACAUGUGAAGGAAAUGACUUAUCCCAGCGAUUACUAUUCAUGGAAAAUAUGCUCAAGAUAUAGUUAUGGAAAACCUGUGAAAGGUGUAUUAAACAUUCAAAUAAAAGCUGCAACAGAAAGUGGCACAGAAUCUUUCUACAAUGAAACGAUUUCUGAAGAUCAGUUAGAUGGACGAAGAGGAUGUCUCAACUAUUCUAUUACAGCUUUGCAAGGAUUAGUUUUAGGUCCUGGAGUAAUUUCAAUGAAUGCUACAAUGAUAGAAAGUGCUACUGGAAAUGAAGAGAACGCUUCUACCCAUACGAAAGUUUCUAGACGUAAAUAUGAUAUAAAAUUCAUUAAUACGGACAAGUAUUUUAAAUAUGGACUUGGUUUUUCUGGCCAGGUUCAAGUUACUUCGAUAGGAUCUAACACCCCUAAAUCUGAUGUUCCUCUCAAAAUUUGUUUUGAAACUAUUACUACACAAGAUGAAGAAAAUGAAGUUUGCAGAAGCUACAAAUCAAAUCGAUUAGGUUUGGUUAUAUUUCGUAUUGCACCUUUGAGUGAAGAUAUUACUAUCAUAAAUAUUAGAACACAAUGUGUGGAUGAAAAAGGUCCGAGUUUGAUUUUAAAUCCUUGGUCAGUGCAAUCGAGUGCACAUAUAUCAGUAUCAAGACCACCAGGAAUUGUACCUUUGAUGUGCGGUAUAGAGUAUGACUUUCCUGUUAUUUACACUGCACCUGACGAAGCUCUUCAUGCUCCACAAAUUAUGCAUUAUUUAGUAAAAAACUCGUGGUGGAAUAGCGUCUCGCGGUUCUGUGUUUGUUCCUUCAUCUUCCACGCUCCUGGACGACGGUUAGCUCGAGUUUCACUACGAGUUCGUAUUACUAGUGCUAUGGCACCAGAAGGUUGGUUUGUUGUAUAUUAUGCAAGAGGAGAUGGUGAACUUGUUUCAGGAUCAACCAGGUUUGAAGUGCAGAGAUGUUAUGGACAAAAAGUUCAUCAAUCAUGGAUUCAAUCAAAAGCUUAUCCAGGAGAUGCAGUUACCUUACGAUUACGUGCUGCUCCAAACUCAUUAUGUGCCAUUUCCACAUGGAUGGACGUAUUCAGAACUUUCCCAGAAUUUGUCAAUGAGCGAUUCAUCAAAACGAAACGAAGAGGCAUAUCAAAUAUUGAAGCUCUAGGAACAUUCCAGAAUGCUGAUUUAGUAGUAAUAACUGAUUUGGAUAUGAAGACACUAACCUGUAUCCCAAAUGAAGAUGAUAUUGCUUCUAGACUUGAUUCUCUUGAUGGCGAUGGAGGAAUUCCCAGUCCGAAGGAAAAGCAAGAAUUAACUUAUCAAUUACCUCAUACAUUAACAACUUGGCAUAGUUCAGCUUAUUGUUUAUCAGAAAGCCGCGGAUUAGGUGUAGCUACACCUUCUACUGCUCGGAUUACAGCCUUCCAGCCAUUUUUUGUGGAUAUUGCAACGCCUUAUUCUAUUAAACGAGGAGAAAUAGUGGAGUUAUCUGCGCAAGUUUUCAAUUAUCAAGAUGAUAGUUUACCGGUUUCCCUAAGCAUUACUGCAGUGGAUGGUUUAUCAGCUUACAUGUUUGAUGGUGGUAACAUCUCAUCUAAAUGCGUUCCAUCUAAUGAUGCCGCAUUCAAUUUAACAUUGACUGCUCAAGUUGACACUGGAUAUCCAGAAUCGUGUGGACCGGAAACAUUAAUGGACAUCAGAGACAUUUUGGUGAAACAAAUAUUAGUUGAACCAGAAGGAUUUCCGGUAGAAAUUACAAAAUCUGCUUUCUUGUGCCCAAAAGAAUUUCCUGAGGAAUCUUCUUUGACUUGGUCUUGGGAACUACCAAAUUAUGUCGUCGAACAGUCUGCGAAAGCUCAAAUUUCAGUAAUAGGAGAAUUGGUGGCGCCUAUUUUACAGAAUUUAGGUAAUCUUGUUCAACUACCGUUGGGCUGCGGCGAACAGAAUAUGAUUUUGUUUGUGCCAAAUUUGUAUGUUCUAACAUAUUUAGAUGCAAAUAGAAUCGAAAAUGAACAUUUAAGAUCAAAAGCACUGUACAACUUGAAAAUAGGUUACGAACGCCAACUGAACUAUCGUCACAAAGAUGGUGGUUAUUCAGCAUUUGGCGAACAAGAUGAAUCGCCAUCCACAUGGCUCACAGCUUUUGGUUUACGUACAUUUGCUCAGCUUCAACGGCAUGUUGAUAUAGACAAAAACGAUCUGAUGUUAUCCAGGAGUUGGUUGAUGUCGCAACAGCUUGAAAAUGGAUGUUUUCAAAGCACUGGCUACGUUUUCAAUUCAGCGAUGAAGGGAGGUUUGGAGGAUGAAGAUUUGGUGGGGUUAACAGCAUUUGUCUUGAUUUCACUUAUAGAAACAAGAUUGCCUGUUAAAAGAAGCUCUAUUAGUUCCGCAAGAUUUUGUAUUGGUUCCGUAAAUGGUCCCGGCGUCAACGCUGAUUUAUACACAUUAGGAUUGGCUACUUAUGCAUAUUCUUUGCUUGGACCACAAAAAAAGGAUGCCAGAUCAAGUUUAGCUAGACUUCUGCGAAGAGCAACAUCUAGCGAAGGUAUGCUAUAUUGGCAAAGUGAAGAUGAUCAUCUUGCUGUAAACAUUGAGAUAACAAGUUAUGCUAUUCUUGCUCUCGUGAAACAUGGUGGAAGAGAAAAUAUGGCAUAUGCUUUGCAAGCUGUAAAAUAUUUGUCCAGGCAUCGAAAUUCGCAUGGUGGUUUUGUGUCGACUCAGGACACGAAUGUAGCAUUGCAAGCUUUGGCAGAAUACGCUAAUAGUGCACCACUUCACAAAACAAAUAUAACAGUUGGCAUAAAUUCAAACAAUAUUAUUCAUAGUAUUCCUAUAUUAUCUGGUGAUCCUCUUUCUAUACAUGAAUUCAAAUCCAUACCAAAACACGUAACCAUAACUUCACAAGGCGAUGGAUGUGUUGUUAUUCAAGGAUCGUUAAUGUGCAAUGUUAGAGGAACAGCACCAAGCAAGUCUUUUAGCUUAGAAGUACGUGCUAAGCCGCUUUCUCGUCAACUAUCAUGUUCUUCAAUCCAAAAUAUUCGAGUAUGCACGUGGUUACGUUUGCGCCACGUGGCGAUUAAUAUGGCAGUUUUAGAAGUUAUGUUACCCACCGGUUAUGAGCCUGAUCGGGCUUCAUUAUUUAAGGUUCAGCAAACAAAAAAUAAUAUGGUUAAACGUUUCGAAGAGCAACCGAAUCUGGUCUUGUUUUACUUAAUUAAUCUACCAACUCGCAGAGUUUGCCUGGAUUUCCUGAUUGCACGCUCUCAGCAUAUUUCUAAAAUAGAAAAUGCAAAGCCUGCUCACGUACGAAUUUAUGAUUAUUACAAACCUGAUAUAACUACUGUAAAAUCAUAUUUGCUCACAACUAAUUGUGAAAAUAAUACAAUUCCUAUGUACUUUGAAAUGGAUCGCAAUACUGAAACAAACGAUCAUACCGAUGGCGUGGGGCAGAUAGAGAGCACUACUCUAGCCAAUUUUGCUACGAAUUAUAAUAUGCUGUACACUACUAUAAGAACCAAUACAGAUUAUUCUAUCAGGACCACAGAAGUUGAUCGAGAACAUUUUACUAUUGCAACAUACGAAACGCAAGAAAUGACUGAAGCGAAUACUGAAAGAAAUGAGGAUGAUGAAGAAGAAGAUUUAGAUAAAUAUUCAGAAGUUAUUUCAGAAUAUAAUAAAAUUGAUUGCCCAAAAUGUUAUGUAGGCAUACCUUUAGAGUUUCCUGAAAUUUACUGCAAUGCUGUGAAUGCAUUUUAUUCAAACGACGGCAACACAAUUUUGAUGGACUUCAAUCCUAAAAAGCGAGAGUUUGUUAAAAUGAACUUAACACUGAACAUUGAGAUUGCGGAUAAUUGUGAUUGCAAACCUUUCUUCAGAGCUGGAGCUCAUUUACUAGUCAUGGAUCAUGGUUUACCUUUCCUGGAUAUAUUGCAUCCUGAUUCAACAUUAGUAUUAGGAAGCAGUUCUCAUAUCCUCGGUUUAGGACCAGUAACAGGAAAUGUUAUACCCAGCAGACAGGUUUUGCAAAGGAUUCGAAGGGUUAGACAAACGUGUAAGGUAGAUAAGAAUGAUGAAGGUGAGCAUGAAGCUACUUCUGUCGACAACUAA